AUGCUUUGGAACCGAAUAUGCUUUUCCGCUAAAAGGCGGGCCAUCGAGAAGUUGUUACAUAUCCUCCCUUUUUGUCCUCCAUGCCUGAGGACACUAGUUCACCGAGCCCCACGCCGCCCGCAAGCGCUCCUCCAUCGUAAAUCGUCCUUUCCUCGGCUCGGCCAGUGCUCAUUCGUCUGUAGGAACCCUCUUAAACGCAAGGAGCCCUCUGAGGACAAAGCAAACUCGGCCUCGAACUUGCUCCCAGCCGGAGCCAUCAUCCCGCCUGGGGAAUACGAAACCGGCCGCGUCAUCUGCGAAUUCUGCGGUACAGCCGUCUCAUUUCGGGACGACGACACCGGCGAAUUCUCGUUGAAACCAUGGAAUGCACACCGUAAUAGUUGUGUCGCUCCAGGGUCAUCUUCAGCAGGUGCCACUUCAGCUGCUGGUCCGACAGUGAUCUAUACCCCAGAAAGCACUGCUGAAGCUCUGGCUCAUCCACCUGCCAAACGACGACGUGCCAAGCGCACGGAAGAGGAACGUAUCGAUUAUCUUCGUGCUGAUCCCUAUGUAGCUCAGUUUGAAGCUUACCGCGUCCUAUGUGCUUCGUGCGACAAGUGGAUUCGUCUUAGGCCGAAUUCGACAUACUGUUCCAUCCCAUGGGACGCUCAUCGGAAGAGUUGUCUUGCCAAGAAGAUUAAUAGCAAGAACGUUUAUGCACUCGAGGAGCGCAACAGCCUCUUUUCCAAGGACCCGCAUAUUCGAAAAUUCGAUGCAGAGCGUGUGCUCUGCGACUUGUGCGAUAAAUGGCUCAGCGUGCCGCCUGAUGAUCACCAACAGGCCUCUGAGAAGUGGCUCCAGCAUCGUGAGUCAUGCAAGCAAGCUUCCACCUCUCCGAUCAUUUCUCGCACAACAGCUACGUCACCCACGAUCCAAUCAACAACCUCAGCCCCACUCGCCUCAGGCUCAUCAUCAGUCCACCACCCCACCACCCCCUCAACCACAAGUCCUCUAUCACCUAAACCCACCGCCUCCACCGCCCAAUCCCCAUCCGCACACCCACUCUCCUCCUUCCCACCCAAACAUAGCACGUUCUCUCACGGCUCACAAAACUCCCCGUCAUUUCACGACCUCACACCGUCAAAUUACGCCCCUGCACACGAGUCCCGUAGACGUAACGCGGAACAAAGAGCAGCCACUCUUCGUGCUGAUAACCUCAUCGGCGAGGUCGAACCCAAUCGCGUAUUUUGUUCUCUCUGCGAAAAAUGGGUCCAACUUCGUCAGGACAGUUCGUAUUGCGCGUAUCCCUGGCUACAACACAGGGGAAAAUGUCUCGCACGGUAUACACGUCGUAAGCAGAAGGCGGCAGAAGUUGAGUCCAUCAAGGCCCGUCGACAUGCGGGUACCGCUGCACAUUCCGCAUCGGCAUCACAGUCCCAAGUCAAUGUGGACGACGACGAUGUCAUGUUGUCUGAAGAGGACCAAACAGGUUCUGACCUCGAAUCGGAGGAAGGCGUGGCAGGUGAAGGCAGUGAACAGUCCCUCGACAUCCCUGCUCUAGCGCCGACUGGGAAGAAAGUGGACCAGGAGUCUCAACCUAGACGUCGUCCCCACCAUCAAUAUCCUUCUUCAUCGUUGGGUGGUGGUGCUGGGCAGCCUCAUGGGAAGCAGAAGACUCGGUACCCCGAGCUUGGAACCUCUGAUUCCUCGCGGGUAUACACCUACCCACCUCCCAGUAGCGGGAGGAAGCGCCACCACCAUCUUGCCCCUCGUCAAUGGGAAGAAGACCUUGAUGCUGAGGGGGAAGCAGAUGCCGAGGGCGACGACUCGUAUAUGGAUACCGACGAGCAACGACGACGACAGCACCCUCCCAACCCAUUCGCCCAUCUUCCUCGCCCUCAGCCUCUGUCGGUCUCGCGUUCCUCGACGACGGGGACCGGACAGCAGCAUCGACACCAGCGUCAUCGGGAUGUUGAACACCAACACCAUGCUCAUCAUCUCUUAGGACCUAGCCAUACCUCACAGCCACUAUCAGUGCAUCCUCAUAGGAGUGGACAGAGCGGCGGACAUAUCGCCCCUGUUCGACGUCCGCACCCCGUCGGUCUUGCUGAUCUUGACACCCCCGUUGGGAGGAAAACAUUCGUGUUCAACUCCAUAGAACACCUCUUCAGUACCACCUACGAAAAUACCGACGAGCUCACUAUCUCCUCCCUGCUUGGCUACCUCAAUUCGGCCAUGCCGACCGACAAGCACGAAGAUUUCGAUACCGCUGAGGUUGCAAAGGCCGUGACGGCCAUGCAAGAGAAGGGGAUGGUGGUGAUUGAGGGCGACGUUGUGAGGUUAGUCGAAUGA